UGUAGUUUCGCAGUGCUGUCAGGAUGGAGAGAAAGAAGCGCGCCUGUGGAUUCUGCAAACUCUUUUCCGAGUCAAAGAAGACGGGGCCACUUCUAGAAAAGGAGGGCGUCUGUGCACACGAAUUGUGUAUGCUUUAUUCAUCUAAUCUUAUUACUAAGAAAGAACCUGAAGGUGAUGAUUUUGCUGGAUUUUUCCUUGAAGAUGUAAAAAGAGAAUUGAAGAGAGGAGAAAAACUGUGCUGCCCCUCAUGUAAGCGGACUGGAGCGACUAUUGGCUGUGAAAUUAAGAAAUGCAAAAGAUCUUAUCAUUACCUGUGUGCAAAAAAACAAAAGCUAUAAUGAUUGAAAACAAAGUCGAAGGCACAUUUAAACUUUACUGCAAGAACCAUGCUUCCAUGAGUCCUGAAGGGAGCGGAAAGCGCACUGGUCGUGAUGCUGUGCCCAGUAACAUCAAGGAAGCAAAAGAAGUCACGAGUCUUGCUAAGAAUGGAUCAAGAUUACCCAAGAGGAAUCACACUGUGAACUCUAGGAAACGGAAGAAGCCUGCAGAGAUGUUUCCGUCUGACCAUGAAAUGAAUCAGUCCUCAUAUGACAGUGAGAGCACUGAUGACAGUGUAGAUUACGCAAUGCCAAAGAAUCAUAAAAAAUCACGUUCUAUACACUGUGAUCUUCCAGACGUAGUCAAUGGACAGCCUCCCCAUGAAAACCAUCAGUAUGAAAAUGAUGAUUAUUUUGGAGUACAUAACCAUCACACCCAUGUGAGUUUGAUGGAUGAAAAUGAAGCCCAAUCUGAAAGUACCUUGGACCCAAUGUUGUCAAUGCCCCAGUUCUCAUCAGGAAAAGAAUCAGAAUUCUGGCAGCUGUGUAAAAAAACUGGAUGUGUGGAGAAGAUCUUUUCCAAAAUCACAGAUGAGCUGACAAAUGUUUCCAUGAAAAUUACUAAUCACAGUGCCAGUGAGAAUGAUUAUAAAUUUGCCUUUGCAGUGGCAAAGACCUCUGGUCUUCUUCCGCAGAUCAUGUCGGAAAAUGAAACAGACACUGAAGCAAAACUGGAAAGCCUGCAGGUCCAGCAGAACCUAUUGACUCAAGCAAAAUCUGCAAUGCAGGAAGUGAAGACAAAGAUGGAUCAAUGGGACACUUAACAGCGGCCUUAGUCCAGCUGGAGUUGUAGACAUGGCUGUACAUGUAAUGGAAUUCUGAUCAGUACUUCUCAUCUUCAUGUUCUGUUUUCCUUAUCCCACUAGGCGUAUGUCUGCACUCUUACACCAUCAAUGGGCUCUUGGCUGUUACUCUGACUGGUUUCUGUUGACUUUUCAUCUUCACAGACUUUGUAAUUUACCUAAUCUUGUGUGGUUGUUUUUUAGUGGAGGGCCAUUUUUGCCUCUGUUGCUGUCCUAAUGCCAUUUUGGUCAGAUUCUCCACAACGCUUUUACAUUAAUUUAAGGGUAACUGCAUGGCUACGCUGAUUUACUCAUGGAAUUUAUUUAUCCCGGUGGAUUUCGCUUCAUUAGCUUUCCCAUGCAGUUCUUUCGGGUUGUUUUUGAUUUAGUUCACUGCACAUGUACUACUCCUAAAAAAGGAUGCAUUGUUAAUUUUCACCUGCUCAGAUAUCAGCAACUCAUGUUUGAAAGUUGUACAUGGGCAAAAAAUCAUUAUGAAUUC